GCGCACCUGAACUGCUUUAUUCAAAAUAGUAAAGUUUGUGUUGUUUUAUAAUCCACGAGGUAUAAGUUACAACUGCCGUUAGAGGCUACCCCUUUCCGAGAGAGGUAUUAAAGUAUUUUCGUCUUAUAAGGUGAAAUGUCAGCAUUUUCGUUUUCCCAUGACAUACGAACUUCUCCAAAUUAACGAAUUUCAUUAUUUAAAUUUUGCCGAUUCAGACCAACACCAGUUUUCGCGGACUGAGGCUUUUUAUUGUUACAAAAGCUUGUGGUGCAAUAAUUAAUAAUGAUGUUGGACAUAAUGGGGAUGUUACAUUCUAUUAUUAGAAGACACUUUGACAAAGAAACAUCUGUUGUAUAUCAUGACCUGGAAUCAUCUCUGUUAAAGACUAAGAAACAGUUCUCUGUCAAAGUAACUGAUGUCAAUGAUGUAGAACCACAUUUUACCAAAGAGACAUUCCAAUUCCUCACCUAUGAAAACCAGAAAGUUGAUUUCCCUAUUGGCUUCAUCAAUGCUACAGACCCUGAUCUUGGAGAUGGAGGCCAACUUACAUAUUCUAUCAUCAAGGAAAAUAAUAAUGAUAACAUUCCUUUCCAACUGACAAAAUAUGGAUUCAUUUCUACAUCACAAUCAAUAGAUCGAGAAAUGAAAGACAUCUAUAAGUUCAAGGUUUUAGUGAAAGAUAAUGGAACACCUUCUCUCAAUGACACUGCCAAUAUUGUUAUUGAGAUUCUAGAUAAAAAUGAUAAUGCUCCGUAUUUUACGUUUCCUAAUAAUGACCCUUACAAUCUAGAUGUCCACUACCAUCCACACAGUAAGAAGGACAUCACAAUUCUGAAAGCAUCUGACAAAGACACUGGAAACAAUGCUUUCCUCACAUAUGGAAUACUGAGAUCCAAUGAUAAAAACCUGUUUACAGUGAACUCACACACUGGUGUGUUAUCUUUCUCUCGCACAGUUUACCAAAAUGAUGCAGGAACAUAUGAGCUGCAGUUUAUAGUGAAAGACGGUGGUACUCCAGUUCAAUCAGCAACAACUGCUAUCAUACUAACACUGUUUGUUAGUAAUGAUACAUCUCCAAUGUUGACUGCUGUGCCAUUCCAGUCUGGUCACGACCUGAAUAUGACUUGGGUAAUUAUCAUUGUAGCAGCAGCUGUAAUACUAUCUGUGGCUAUUGUAGUGUCCAUAACACUGUGUGUUUUCAGAUGUAUUAAUCACACAAAUAACUCACCCACAACAGCAGAGAAUCCCAACUUUCUCUCUCAGACUGAGAUGAGACAAUUACUGUAUCAGACCAACAAUCCUGUUGCAAUAACGAGAAAUGCAGAAGAGAUAUUUAACCGAAAUCUUCAGACAAUAAAAUCUAAAAGUCAGUUUUUUCUGGAGAUGGAACAGACACCAGAUGAAUGGAAAUUCUCAACAACACAAAGGAGACUUCCACCUGUGCCUCAGAGAUGUGAUUCAAUCCAUAGUCAAGGACGUCGUACCAGUUCCAUCAUGUCUUACAACAGUGACACCUUAACAUCCCAAAAGGACAGAGAAGCUAGCAAGAGUAAUGGCAAGACUAAACCAUAUGAUGAGAUACCUGCAGAACCAGAAUAUACCAAUGACAAUCCAGUUGCAGCCACAAUACUAAAGGGACAACAAAUACAAGAUACCUAUCUACAGCCAACAUAGUAGAUGUUCCAUGACUAUUGUUAAAUGAUUCUCUCACACACCAAAUCUUAUACAAUACUUUAUAUUCAUAUAAAAAUAUCAACUCUAUGUUUCUUUCACACAUCACACAUAAAGGGCCUUGCAGGGCAUCUAUUAUGACCCUUGAUUUACAUCUCUGAUACAUGAAAUACUACAAAUACCCUUCUCUAUAUUAUCAUUGAUGACAGUAUAUUGGGCUCAUUGUAUGUUAUAUUUAAUUUGCUAAGCUCCUGUUUUAGUGUAAUUCUAAUUUCUAUAUUUACAUCAUCCAUUUGUAGCAUAAAACAA